CUCAACAAGACGAAGUUUUUGAAUGGGGUGACGAACCAAUAAACCCACAUAUACCAUGGAACCAAGAGAUCCAAGCUUGUGUCAAUAAUUUUUGUGAUCUGUGUUCCGCAGGUUAUUGUUCAAAGAAUAGUCACUGGUGUUCAUAUUGUAGCAAAAAUACACAUGAUACGCAAAGCUGUAGGUUUAAGCUAGAGGUAGAUCGACAAAUUAAUUCUUUAAAAUGUGAACAAUGUUCUAGUAGAUUUAAACGUAUUAAUCAUUAUAAGGGAGAUAGAUGUCCUUAUGAAUGGAAUUAUAAUUGGUGGAAGUCAUAA